AUGAAGGAAGAAAGAGCGGAACCGAAUAAAGGUAGCAUAGAGAAGAAAAGGGAAAAGUGGCGUCAAAGAGACAGACAUAGAAGACAAUCUAUGAGCCAAGAAGAGAGGGAAAAGCAUUUGGCUCAGCGCCGCAGAAACUACCAGCUUCGAAAAGAGAGAGCUGAGUUAAGUCUCAUCGACUUCCAGAGUCAGUCCAUCACUGGAGGCAAUCAAGCAGCAUUGACCUCACCGCCUGAAACCGGAGCCAGUAGCGUCCCGUUGGUUGAGUCUGAUGAGAUUGCAGGAAUACCAGAGAAGAAGAUGGCUAAGCUGUUGGGGCCAAUACGGCUAAGCCGUGUGAAACAUAUUGCAAGAAACCUGAGCAAGUUUAACGUUACUAGUGUACAAGAGAGCAAAGGAGAAUGA